AUGGAGCAGCUGCUCAUCCGCGUCAACAUCUCCUUCAUCUGUCAAAGCUCGCCUACUCCCUUUAUUCCUCUCCUCCUCUCUCCUCCCCGCCUAAUUCUUAAGACCUGUCAUCGCGUCCGCGGGGCUCCAUCGGUAAAUGAGGUGAAUGGCUGGAUACGAGAUGGAUGA